AUGAGCGAAAUUAGAUUCAAUGGCGCCGAGGCUCCAUGCAACCAAGCAGUGAGCACUGCCAAGAACAUUGUGAGCGACAUCGGGGUCAAGGCCUCGUUGAGGUCACCAGGCCUCCUCAAUCUGGCGUCUUCAAGUGACCGGAAUGCUGAGAGGGAUGCUCACCGACAGUUCAGCAAGUACAAGCUUCGAUUACCGAUCGACUUGUCAAAAGUCAAUGGAGAAGUUGAAGGAAAGAAGUCCUUUCAGGCGUUGCGUUUGAGGGACUGGCUAGAGUUCAUCCUUCAGAGGAACCUAUGGCACGUUUUGACGGGCUUGGCACAGCCAGAUCCAAAGCGCUGUGAGCAAAUUUGGGCAAGUUUUUGGGAAAGGUACCGUCAAUAUGACCCACUACAUCCAGCUUUCCAACUGGAAGCCGAGGGGAAGAUUUCUUUGGCUAGGACUUGUGCAAUUGCCUUCCAUGGGGACGAGGGUCGCACAAGGAAGAAAAGCCAGUUCUUCGUUUGCUCAUGGCGGAGCCUGCUAGGCAAAGGUCUGCAGGAGUGCCAGAAGAAGCGGCGGUCUUUGGGUAUCAAAAAUAAGUACUUGAAGAUGAAGCUGAACUAUCAAGGGCAUGUUUUUACAACGCGCUACUUGUGUGGGGUUCUGCCGAAGAGCCAGUAUGCCAAGAAUGAUUCUGCUGUGCGAGACCUUCUUUCCUUUGCAGCCGAUGAACAAGACUUUGUUUCCCGUGAAGGUGUCAUUGGCGCGGACACCGGUGAACCAGUUUGGUGCAGGGGUAUUUGUCACCUUUGCGAAGCUGGCAAGGGUCCAUACCCGUUUGAAAACCUGAGCUCCGAGACGCCCGAAUGGCUGGAUACAAUCGGCAGGGAGAGUCCUUUCAAGGAGCUUCCACCAUUCUCCAAAAAUUUGCACACAGAAGGUGAGUUGGAAAAACUCUACAGAUUUGACCCAUGGCACAACUUUCAUUUGGGAGCUGGGAAGCUGUUUAUGGGAAACGCUCUUGCCAUAGCAUCAACCUACUUCGAUGGUAGUGGAAUAGAUACACGGUUUGAACAUCUCAACGACCACAUUCAAGCCUGGGCAAAGGCAAACUCUGAGUACUUGCAUGUCUCCGCUUUCACAAAGGAGGGCAUCAAUUGGGACACCACCAAGGACUAUCCAAAUGGUGGGUGGGGCAAGGGAGCUACAACAGCUGUGCUGCUUAAGUGGUUCAUCGCUUGGUCGCAAACAGUUGAGUCAGAGGAUGAGCUUUUCCUCGUCACUCGGCAGGCUGCUAUAUGUGCGAACGAGAGUUUUGCUUUAAUGUACAGUGUGGAUGACGUAUGGCUUGAAGCCAGCGUGGCGGCGCGUGCUGGAAAGCUUGGGAUGGAUUUCCUGAAGCUGUAUUGCAGAGCAGCCAGGAUUGCCUAUUCCCGCAGCCA